AUGGACUUGUUUGGUCCGGUCAACGUCCUUAGCAUCAACCGAAAUUCAUACUGUCUUGUUGUGAUAGAUGACUUCUCUCGCUUCACGUGCGUCUUCUUUCUAUCCAACAAAUCUGGGAUCACUGAUCUUAUCAAGAAGUUCAUUAUAAUGAUCGAGAACCAAACCAACCAUCGAGUGAAAGCGCUACGCACAGAUAAUGGAACAGAAUUCAAGAAUGCUGUUCUAGAUCAUUUUUGCACUGAAAAGGAGGCGAUCAACACUGCUAGCUACGUUCAAAACUGUGUCCUGAUCAACAAAGCCCAGAUGAAAACUCUAUAUGCUGCUCGUACUGCUUAUAUGGUAUACAUUAAGAAGACGAAGCAAAUUGUGGAAUCGUUUGAUGUACACUGGCUGGAAGAGAAUGAAAUGGACGCUAGGGUGGGUCCUGAUUGGCUGUUUGACUACACAUCACUAUUCAAAUCUUUUAGUGUGUCGUCUGAAAACCAAGCUGGGUCUACCUCUGGCUCGAAGAAUAUCAUUGAAGACGAUGAUGAAGAGGUUGUUUACAGACUGCCAUUGGUUUCUGCUACUGAUCCCCCGGUGGAGUCAUCUGUUCCAAUCGCUUCUCCAGAGUCCUCAACAAAAUAA